AUGCGAAGAUCUCUACUUGGUUACAUUUUCCAACUUCUCUUGGCCAAACUGAAACCAGCCGGUGUACGUCAUUUGCUAUGGCAACAGCGCAAAUGUCGGCUGUUCAUUACCACAUCCGAAAAACAAGGAGUCGCUGUCGUCCACCCCAUCACAGGGUUAGCUAGAGGUAUUGUCGCUGAUCAAAUCGUUGAGAUAACUGUAACUUACCGAACAUGGCAGAAUGUCUAUAAACAAACUUCACGAUUUAUGCGCUUGUCGCUGUCGACAUCCGUUCCUGCCAAUUUUGUUCAAAUCGGUCGAAACGAUGCCUAUAAUAUGUUUGGUGGUGUUCCUGGCACUGACUUCAUUGUUGAUAGCAUCAAAUCCUACAACUCAAUGCCAAAUUCGGAGAAAAUCUUGGUCACUACAGAGGCUGUGCGACUCGCUCGUAUAAAACAACAUGAUGAGACUCCGAAAGAGGAUUUCUCCGAGGAGUUGCAGGAAAUUUUCAGAACCCCACAGUAA